AUGGGUUAUACGCCUAAAAUCUACGCUGAUUCUGAGAUCGAGCCACGCUUCCAGAAUAGUUCGGUCCAUGGCAAAACUGGCCCGAUUCAUGUUUCAUACCCCAAUUUCUACUGGCCUCAAGCAAAUAAUUGGUUCGCUGCCCUCGAAGAACUCAACAUACCGCUAUCAGCAGAGCCAAACGAGGGACUGGAAGCAGGAGGUUAUUUCUUACCUUUGAAUAUCCAUCCGGAUAACCAGACUCGAUGGGACGCUCGGCGAGGCUACUACGAUCCAAAUGUCGAUCGUAGGAAUUUCAAUGUUCAAGUGAAUUCCUAUGUUACAAAAGUUUUAUUUGACGAUGGGGAGACACUCAACGCAACAGGUGUGGAGUUCAGUAGUGGGCCUGAUGGAUCCCGAAAGACUGUGUACGCACGACGUGAAGUCAUCAUGGCCGCUGGAGCAAUUCAUACACCACAACUGCUGGAGCUCUCAGGUAUCGGGCAGCGAGACGUCCUUGAGCCUCUAGAAAUCCCUGUACUUAUCAGCUUACCGGGGGUCGGCAAUAACUUACAAGAUCAUGCCAUGCUCCGCCUCUCAUACGACUAUACUAAUAGCUCGGUCAGAGACAUCAACGAUUUCUUUCUCAACUCUACAUUCAACGACGAAUCGGCAGCAGAGUUUUUCGCCUCGAGAACAGGUCCUUGGACUGGAAAACCUAGUGGAGCGGUUGCAUUUCCGUCUCUCAGACAAGUCACAAACGAUACAAGUUCAAGAAUUCUACGCGCUCAGUCUUUGGGAGAUCACCUUCCAUCUACAUACGCCAAUGAAUCAACAUUGAGAGCGGGAUUCGAGAUUCAAGCUCAGAACUUGCUCAAAGAUAUCGAUCACCGGUAUACGCCAGCCUUUGAGAUCCUCAACGACAACGCAGGUGGUCUUCAUCUAGCUCUCAUGAGGCCGUUGUCUCGAGGCACAACCCAUAUCACCACAGCAGAUCCGUUCGAGCUCCCUAGUGUGGAUCCUAGAUGGCUUCAGGAUCCGUUCGACUUUGACCUCAUGAUAUUGGCGAUGCAAACCAAUCAACGUAUCCUGAAGACCCGCGCGAUCCAGCAACUUCAACCAUCCUAUCCAGAAGUCUCCGAGGACGCGGAUGUCGAGCAGCUGGCAGCGGUCAUAAGGACGGGCACGGGAACUCAAUUUCAUUACAGCUGCACAGCCGCUAUGUUGCCUCGGCAUCUUGGUGGGGUCGUCAGCGACCAAUUGAUUGUUUAUGGGACGAAUAAUCUGCGGAUUGUCGAUACGAGUAUUUACCCUAUGGUUCCUGGUGCUCAUACACAGGCUGUUGCGUUUGGGACCGCAGAGAAGGCUGCCGAUAUCAUAAAGCUUACAAGGUGCGUGGGCUUCCUAUCUUUCAUUAUGAACACCCAAGGCUAA